UUUUCAGGAAGCACAAACUCUUAGCUGGUUCUUUGAAAUUUAACAACAUGACAGAGGACUGUUCCAGAACAACCAGUAACAUCCCUUCGUUAACAAUGGAGGUUGAUACUGCUUUUCUCCGAUCCUUGAGGGGUGUCGUUAAAUUAGUAGAGAUGGGGACUAUGUUUGUAGCAUUUGUGUGUUUUGCGGUAGCAUCCAGGCCCAAAUACAUUGCAGCUACAUGCAUGGAGUUUGUGAUCACAUUCUCCCUGCUUCUGCUGUACACGCUGAAGUUGAACAAGAAGCUGACUCUGUUCUUCUGGCCUCUCGUUGAUUUGUUCAACUCACUGUUUGCAGCAGUCUUCAUACUUAUCCUGAGUCUGAUAGCAGUGUCCACUUACACAGUGACAGGGACCCUGGGUGGAGGGAUAGUGGGUUUCAUAGCAACAGGCCUGUGGUGUGUGGAUGGUUACAUGCUUUUCAAGAGGGUCACAUUCAAUCAACCAAGAACAGCAGCAACUGGCACUGUGAAGUGAAGACACCACAAUUGUCUCCUCCCAUGCUCACUCUCUUAUGUCAGUCCUUCCAUGUAUACGUGUAGGUUUAAAGGGGCAAUCAGCAGUUGAAACAAUAACAAGGCUUGGCCCCGGCCCUUUUUGGUAAAAACCUGAAGGAUAUGUGGAUGGAGAAAUGUAAACACUCUCAAAUUCAUAGACAUCAAUGAUAUCAACAUGAUAGUUUUAACCAUGUUUCGAGGCUAUAUAGUGUUUGUUUACAUUUAGUUUGUUUACGAUUAUUGGAGUAAAACAAGCUUAUAUUUUGGGUUCUGAUGGUGUAUGACAGUUGAACUAAGCUCAUGGGGCAUUUAUAUAUGUGUACAUAUAAUUAAUUUCUAAAUAAAAAAAUGGAUGUAUCAACUGCAGAUUGCCCAUUUGUUUGUAUAGCUUAAUCCAUGCAACAACACAAUUAUCAUGUAUAUAAAAUAAGUACACCUUUGAAACCUAGGCCUGUAUAAUGUUUUGAACAAUGUCAGGUUACGUGUAGGCCUACCUAGUCUAUUUCUGCUUUAUUCUAAAGUAAUGUUUCUAUUGCAUUUUGAGCUGUUUAUGACGUUCCCAUAAAGUUAAAACAUAUUAUUUAUAAAACUCGAGGGAUACAGCACAACAAUUUUAACAAAUACAUUACAGUAUUUUAGUUUUUGGCGCAUAUUAGCAUGCACAUAGCCCAGUCCGCCCAGCAUAAGGGUCCAACAUCUCUAGAAUGCAGAUGUUGAGCUUUUGUGAACUACAUUUUCGCACUGUCAUUAUUUCCGUUUCCACUUCAAGAAGCAACACGCUUUUUCGAGGCUUCUCAUUUUCCACUCUCUCAACUCUUCCAGCCCACUGGAUCUGUAACCAUCACUGAACUCAAACUUUAUCUUUGCAAUGGGGGACAUCGAAGCUCCCGAUACGACUGGA